AUGGACGGGUGGUCGGACAUCUCAUCGGCGCCUCCCGAGUACAGAGAUGUUGCCUGGAUAGCAGAUCGGGCUCUGUUGGCCCAAGGAUUAGGAUGGUCAAUCAACUACGUGGCCAUGAUAUACCAAUCGUACAAGGACCGCACCUACGGUAUGGCCAUCCUGCCACUGUGCUGCAACUUCGCGUGGGAAUUCGUCUACAGCGUCAUCUACCCUUCUCAAAAUCCCACCGAGAGGGCCGUCCUCACAACAUGGAUGGUCCUGAACCUCUUCCUCAUGUACACUGCCAUCAAGUUCGCUCCCAAUGAAUGGCAGCACGCCCCGCUCGUCCGGCAGAGUCUUCCAGUGAUCUUCCCUGUGGCGAUCGCGGCCUUUACGGCGGGCCAUCUGGCAUUGGCUGCGACGGUGGGAGUGGGCAAGGCGGCCAACUGGGGCUCCUUUCUGUGCUUUGAGCUAUUGACCGCCGGUGCGGUGUGCCAGCUCAUGAGUCGGGGGUCCAGCAGGGGGGCGUCGUAUACGAUCUGUGCGGCCAUUGAGAGCAUCAUGAGAGUCAUCAUUGUCGGAGGAUCUAUCGCCGGCCUCUCCCUCGCCCACUGCUUGGAAAAGGCCAAGAUUGACUAUGUCCUUCUGGAGAAGAAGAAGGAAAUUGCCCCCCAAGAAGGCGCAUCAAUCGGUAUCAUGCCCAAUGGCGGUCGGAUCAUGGAACAGGUUGGACUAUACCACCGGAUUGAAGAGCUGAUCGAGCCUUUGGUGAAGGCGCAUGCUAAUGUGAGAGGUCUUAGGUUUGGCUAUCCGCUUGCGUUCUUGGAUCGGCAGAAGUUCCUGCAGAUCCUGGCGGCUGGACCGGUCCAAUCCAGCCGAGUGAAACUAGAUCACAAGGUCGAGAGCAUCGAGGCCUCUCCUGAUGGCGUCACGGUGAAAACAAGCAACGGGCACAUCUAUCAGGGCGAUCUUGUCGUCGGCGCGGAUGGAGUGCACAGUCGCGUACGAGCGGAGAUGUGGCGAUUGGCCAAUGCCUCACAGGAGGACAUCUUUGGGAGUGAAGACAAGGCGUUGACAAUCAACUAUGCCUGCAUCUUUGGCAUCUCGUCUCAAGUCGAUCAACUUGACCCGGGCGAGCAAAUCACCUGUUACAAUGACGGGUGGAGUAUCCUUAGUGUGAUCGGACAGAAUGGCAGGGUCUUUUGGUUCCUCUUUAUUAAGCUGGAGAAGGAAUACGUCUAUGAUGGAUCGCACGAAAGCCUGCCUCACUUCAGCCGCGCAGACGCUCGAGUCCAUUGCGAGAGACUGGCGCAGGAGCCGGUGUGGAAAGAUGUCAAAUUCGGCCAGGUCUGGGCUCGAUGCGAAGUCUUUCAAAUGACACCUUUGGAAGAAGGUCUACUCAGCAAAUGGCACUGGAGGAACAUCAUCUGUAUUGGAGACAGCAUGCAUAAGUUCGCACCCCAUAUCGGACAGGGUGCCAAUUGCGCCAUCGAGGAUGCAGCUCAGCUCAGCAACAGGCUGCGCACUUGGCUGUACGUUUGUGGAAAGGACAAUCAACCAGCAGCUGAUGAUCUGCCAGAGGUUCUGGCUAGAUUCGUUGAGGAUCGCCUCCGUCGGCUAGGACCGGUGGCCGUGGCAGCGCGAUCCGCCAUGCGUCUCCACGCGCGGGAAGGGCUCAUAAGUCGGAUCCGGGGACGCUAUCUCUUGCCCUACGCUGGCGAUAAACCGGCAGACUGGGCCUCCCGAGGAAUUGCGGGUGGUAUUACCUUGGAUUUUGUAGAGCCACCCGCGCGGUCUGGCCCGGGCUGGAUCCAGUUCAGCCAGUCGGGGCUUUGA